AUGCGAAAUCAUUUAGUUGAUAUAUUGGGAGUUGACUUAGCGGAAGCAUUGCGGGAAGAAGAAGGCCAUGGUUGCGCAAGGAGGGAGUUGCGUUUUGAUAGUGAGAAUUCAAUUUUGGAGGAAUUGAUGUUGGUAUUGCAAGUCACUUUUGGAGCAAUUGAUGCUGGGAUUGGUGGUGUUGGUAAUGAUGAUGAUGAUGAUGCUGUAUGUGGUAAUGAGGAGGGAUUUCAGAGUGAGCAUGGUUAUAGAGAAGGGGAUGAGGAGGAAAUUGAAGAGGGAUCAGAAGAUGAUGGAGAUGAAUGGGGGUCUGAUAGUGAGGGAGAGGAAGGGUGGUCAGAUUCUGAGGAAGUAGAAGAGGAGGAAGGAGGUGAAGAUGGAGGUGCAGUGGCAGAAAGUUCUACUUUCAUAACCCCGAAGAAGAACCCCGUACUGGUUAGCACAGUAUUUGGUGUGGAAGAGGAAGUACCAGCCCCGAGUGUGGGUAUGGUAUUUGGUAGUUGGGAUGAGGUUGAUAGUUAUUUUUGGAGUUAUGCUAGGCAAAAGGGGUUUGGUAUAGUGAGGGCUGUUGCUGGGUUUGACAAGGUGAAGAGUGAUGUGGGGGAUGGAACGUUUUGUAAGCAGAAGAGGAAUGCAAAGUGGACGUGUGACUGCUACGGAAGACCCUCCAGGAAGCGUAAAGUAGAUGUACUUAAGGAAGGGUUGUUGCAUGAUGAGGAAACAGUUGUGAAGCGGAAGACGAAAAAGUGUGGGUGUGAGGUGGAGUUGUAUGCUAGUGUUGAUGAGGGAGGGAAUUGGGUUGUUCGUAGGGUACACUUGGAGCAAAAAGGUCACAGAGUCACACCGGGGAAGUCAAAGGAUGUAACAAUGUUCAGGAAGCAUGAGUUGAUGUCUAAAAAUGGGCACUUGGUGAACCGAGUGUUUGCUGAAAAACAAAGACUUGAGCUAACUGAGGGUGAUGAGAAUGGAAUGAUAGAGUACUUCAACAAAAUGAGUGCAGACAAUCAAAUUUUUUUCCAUCUUUGUAGGUUUGGUAAAGAUGGUGCAUUACAAGAUGUUGUUUGGGUAGAUGCGAGGUGUAGAGCUGCGUAUGAAGAGUUUGGAGAUGUUGUCUGUUUUGACAGUACAUACUUAACGAACAAAUUUCACCUUCCUUAUGCUUUGUUUGUCGGUGUGAAUCACCACGAGCAGAGUAUACUGUUUGGCUGUGCAUUGAUCUCUCGGGAGACGGCAGAGACCUACGAGUGGGUGCUGAGGACAUGGCUACAUUGCAUGGGAGGCAAAGCUCCUACCUCGAUCCUGACGGAUCAAGAUCCGGCUAUUAGGAAAGCUGUGCAUAUAACCAUGCGUGACACUUGUCAUAGGUGGUGCAUUUGGCACAUCCUUCAAAAGUUUUGGAAGUACGUGGGUAAGCAUGAGCAAUAUGAUGCUGUGAAGGAUGAGUUUGAGAAUAUCAUAUACGGUAGUUUAGAUGCAGAAGAAUUUGUAGCUCGUUGGAUAGAUGCAAUGGAGUAUUAUGAACUACAAGAAAACAGUCUAUUUGAGGAAAGGGAGAUGUGGAUCCCAGUAUAUUUGAAACAUUUGUUCUGGGCGAGGAUGAAAACAACACAGCGUUCGGAAAGCUUCAAUCAUUUUUUCAAAGGUUAUGUUGACAAGAACACAACCUUGUCUGAGUUUGUGCUUCGCUACUGUGAUGCUAUGACCAUAAGGGCUGAGGCCGAAAGAGUUGCUGACUCUAAUACGAUCCGCUACAUGAGGCAUUUAAAGACGGACUUUUGUUUGUAA